AUGACCGUUCCAUUACGCGCCCCCGGCGAUCCUAGAGAGAACAAGACACCAAGGCUCACAUUCACAGACCGCGGCGGCACAUUCACCGAUGUCUGGGCAAGCUUACCAGGGCAGCCAGACGUUGUUUUGAAGCUGCUUUCAGUGGAUCCGGCUAAUUACGCCGAUGCCCCGACUGAAGGCAUUCGACGGGUUCUCUCGCUCUACUACGGUCAAGAGAUCCCCCGCGGCGUUCCCCUCCCGAAAGGCGAGCUAGAGUCGAUCCGCAUGGGUACAACAGUCGCGACGAACGCGCUCCUCGAGCGAAAAGGGACAAAACAUGCCUUCCUCGUCACGAAGGGGUUCCGAGAUUUGUUGGAGAUUGGGUACCAGUCGCGGCCCCGGCUGUUCGACCUGAAUAUCGUCAAGCCAGAGGUGCUCUACUCGGAGUCAUCAAGUGGCGACAUGAUCCGUAUUCUAAAGCCACUGGACGAGACCACUGUCCGACAAACACUGAGAGAGCUCCGCGCGCAGGGGUUCGAUACCCUCGCCGUCUGCUUCACCCACUCACAUGUAUUUCCUCACCAUGAGAAUCGGGUCGAGAGGCUAGCGCUUGACGAGGGGUUCAAGCAUGUAUCCCUCUCCUCUGGCGUCGCUGCAAAAAUGAUCAAGAUGGUGCCCCGGGGGAGUUCCUCGUCGGCGGACGCAUACCUCACGCCUGAGAUCAAGACCUAUUUGACCGGGUUCGCAAAGGGCUUUGAAGGCGGAAACCUGGACGGCGUGUGCUGUGACUUCAUGCAGUCUGAUGGUGGUCUCGUGAGCCAUGACCGGUUCAGUGGGCUAAGGGGCAUCCUCAGUGGACCAGCAGGAGGAGUCGUUGGCUUUGCUCGGACCUCGUACGAUGCCAGCUCUGGCACUCCGGUUGUGGGCUUUGAUAUGGGUGGCACUUCCACUGACGUCUCACGGUACGGGGGCACAUUCGAGCAUGUCUUUGAGAGCAACACUGCCGGAAUCACGAUUCAGAGUCCUCAGCUCGAUAUCAACACCGUCGCAGCCGGCGGCGGUUCGAUCCUAUUUUGGCGGAGCGGCCUCUUUGUCGUCGGUCCUGAAAGCGCCUCGUCGCAUCCUGGCCCUGCAUGUUAUCGCAAGGGUGGCCCUCUAACGGUGACUGAUGCAAACCUCUUCCUAGGCCGGCUGAUCCCAGACUUGUUCCCAAAGAUUUUCGGCGAGACAGAGGAUCAGCCGCUCGAUGUGGACAUUGUGAAGAAGAAGUUCGUCGCUUUGACAGCGGAGAUCAACAGAGAUACCGGCAAAGCUCUGACUCCAGAAGAGGUGGCCUGCGGUUUCUUGAAUGUUGCCAAUGAGGCCAUGUGUCGGCCAAUCCGGGCGUUGACGGAGGGCAAAGGAUAUGAUAUCGCGAGCCAUAAUCUUGCGGUCUUUGGAGGUGCAGGAGGGCAGCAUGCCUGUGACAUUGCCCGAACACUGAAGAUUUCGACCAUCGUCAUCCACAGAUUCUCUAGCAUUCUCUCGGCAUACGGUAAGACGCCGCACCGCUUCUACCCAACAAUUCUCCCACCAGAACUGACAAAGAUAGGAAUGGCCCUGGCGGACGUUGUAGAGGAAGCCCAAGAGCCCGUCAACGAGAUUUACAAUGAGCGGUCCCGACAAGAGCUUGAGGAGCGGCUGUCGAAGCUUCGAGGCCGAGUCGGGAAGCAGUUGCUGGACCAAGGUAUCGCAGCAGAUGAUAUCUCUUACGAGAUGUACCUCAACAUGAGAUACCAGGGCACAGAGACCUCGAUCAUGGUUCUCAGGCCGGAUAAUGGUGACUUCGCUGCAGAGUUCCGCAGGACUCACCUCCGCGAGUUCUCGUUCUGCUUUCCGGAUAAGAAGCCUAUAUAUGUCGAUGAUGUCCGAGUCCGCGGUAUCGGUGCGAGCGAAAGGAAGGACUGGGAGGGAGAUCAGCUGGGACAGCAGUUGCGUGAGACGACCUUCAGGCCUCCUGCAAAGGGGUACCUUGGAAGGCUCUUGACGAAUCAGGUAUACUUCCCCAAACUGGGAUAUCAAGAUACGCCCGUCUAUUUGGUGCAGAAUCUUCCAGCGGGUCUCUCAAUAGAUGGACCGGCCAUCAUCGUCGAUCAGACGCAGACCCUUGUUGUGGCACCAAACACGGUGGCUAAGGUGUUGCGCUCGCAUAUCGUUAUCGAAGUCUUGUCUACGGCCUCUGCUGUGACAGAACAGCCAACAACAGUGGACCAUAUUCAACUCUCUGUAUUUGGGCACCGAUUUAUGAGCAUUGCAGAGCAGAUGGGACGGGCGUUGCAGAAGACAGCGGUUUCAUUAAAUAUCAAGGAGCGGCUUGAUUUCUCGUGUGCACUGUUCGGACCAGAAGGUGACCUCGUUGCCAACGCUCCGCAUGUCCCAGUGCACCUGGGCUCGAUGAGCUAUGCCGUCAAACAUCAGCACGAGCUCCACAAAGGCAAGCUCGUCCCAGGAGACGUCUUGGUGACAAACCACCCCGAAGCCGGCGGAACACAUCUUCCAGACAUCACCGUCAUCACGCCCGUAUUCGAAAAUACCGGGUCGAAGGUGGCCUUUUAUGUUGCCUCGCGCGGCCAUCAUACUGAUAUUGGCGGACUGGGCGGAACAUCUAUGCCACCCAACUCAACAGAGUUGUGGCAAGAGGGCGCGGCUAUCAGGUCGUUCAAGCUCAUCCACGGCGGUGAUUUCGACGAGAAGGGCAUCACCGAGAUCCUCUUGAGUUCUGGCGAGUACACCGGCUGCACAGGAAGUAGACACAUCCAAGACAACCUUUCCGACCUAAAAGCCCAGGUGGCAGCCAACCACAAGGGAGUGACUCUUGUCCAAGCAUUGAUUGGAGAAUACACGCUACCAACCGUGCAGUUGUACAUGGGCGCCAUCCAAUCCAACGCCGAGCUAGCCGUGCGCUCCUACCUCACUACCGUUCGAGAAAGGCUGGGACCUCACCUCACGGCAACCGACCAGAUGGACAAUGGCACGCUGAUUAGACUGUCCGUCUCCAUUUCACCGGACGGCUCCGCAACAUUUGACUUUACCGGCACCGGCGUGGAGAUGCUCAGCAACAUCAAUGCCCCCCCUGCAAUCACCCACUCAGCCAUCAUCUACACUCUGCGCCUGCUCAUUGGCACCGACAUCCCGCUCAACCAGGGCUGUCUUGCGCCCAUCAACACGAUCAUCCCCAAGGGAAGUUUCCUGAACCCGUCCUCGGGGCCGGCAGUCUGCGCAGGAAACACCCAAACCUCCCAGCGCGUGGUGGAUGUUAUCCUCCGCGCUUUCCGUGCAGCCGCUGCUUCAAACGGGUGCAUGAACUGUCUCGGAUUUUUUGGAGGGGAUAGCGACGGCACCGAACCGGGCUCGAAACUGGAAGGCUUUUCGUACGCUUUCGGCGAGACGAUCUGUGGCGGGUCUGGCGCCACAAGCACGCAGAAUGGCGCUUCUGGCGUGCACUGUCAUAUGACCAACACUCGCAUCACGGACCCGGAGAGCCUCGAGAAACGAUACCCCGUCAUUCUGCGGGAAUUUGCCAUCCGGCGUGGGACUGGUGGGAAGGGGAUGCAUGAUGGUGGGGACGGGGUGGUCCGCGACAUCGAGUGCCGGGCACCGCUGAGCUUCAGCGUCAUUACUGAGCGGCGCAGUGUGCCUCCGUAUGGGAUGGAAGGGGGCGCCGAGGGAGAACGAGGUGCGAACUACUGGGUGAAGAGAGUUAAGGGGGGCGAGGGGAACAGGGCUGAAGCUGCGGAUCAGUGGCGAUGGGUGAAUAUGGGGGCAAAGAAUAUGGUGCGCAUGCAGCCUGGGGAUCGGUGUGUGAUCCAUACACCUGGUGGUGGAGGUUGGGGAGUGCCAGGGCUUUCUAAUGGGAAUAGCAAGGAAGAUGUCCCUCGAGUGCAGCAGCAGUAUCCCAGGGCAUCAGGCAGUGUGAUUGCCUAUGCGGCUGCACAGGAGGCGUCUAAUUAG